UCAACUGGACUGAAGCCAAGAGACUCCAAUCUUGCUUGCUGUCUGCCUUUGCCCCAGUGUGACUGUAGGCAACUCACUUCCAACCUUUGCUUCCAUUUCCGUCCUCAUACGUGAUCACCUAGUGUUCCCUCCCACAACAGGGUUCAAGCAUCAUUAGGAUGAAGGAUGCAGGUCCAAAACAACCAAAUAUUGGCAACUUCACACCAUUCAACCUAACACAACCAAAAGAGUUAUUUUAUUAAAUAUCCUCUUGGUCCUAACAACUGUGAAGUAGUACUAUUAUUAAAUAAGUUAAUUUUAUAGAUGACGAUACUGAAGUUCGACUGUACAAAGGUUGUUAUACAAGAGCCCUCGUGUUUUCCAUUACUGUAAUGAAUUCUAAAAUAAGAUACCCAGUGUAGCUAUUUUUCCCUUUGACAUUAAUAAUUAGAAGAUACCAAUUACAUUGGCACAGCUCUGGCGUGAAUAUUAUAUCCCCAUACAUUUCCUUGCUUCUUAAAAAUUUCCCUGCUUAACGGUCCCAGUGGCACAUGCCGGGAAUACCAGCUACUCAAGAAACUGAGGCAGGAGAAUUGCAUGUUAGAGGCCAGCCUUAGCAACUUAGUGAGACCCUAUUACGAAAAAAAGUUUUAAAGCUGGGAUGUAGCUGAGUAAUAGAGCACCUAAGUUCACUGACGGGAGGAGGGAAGAAUUCCUUCCCUAGGGUAGCCACUAUCAUGAAUGGCAAAUCUCUGAAUAACUCAUCCUUCAAGAACUGGGUGCAGUUUUAAACAAAACAUGUUUCUUCUUUGUGGAUAAAAGCCCAGAGUUUGGAGGUUUUGUUUUCUUGCAGUGCGAGGACUGAACCCAGGGCCUGUGCAUGCUAAGCAGGUACCCUACAAUUGAGCUACACCCAACACUUAUUUCACAAGAUCCUUUGGAGACACAGCUCAGCUUAAUUUCUAGGACGUGGACGUCCCCAGAUCCAGGUGGAGGCGGGGGGCGAGGCGGCGCGGUUUUUCCCCUUUCUCCUUCAGGACGCCAUCACCUCUCCUAACGGGAAUUCUGGGAGAGCGAAAGCUCAUGUUUUGCAUCAUCAAACUUCCGGAUCAGAAAUCCGACGCCAGCAAUCCGCCUGGAGAAAGUAACCGGAUGAGCCCGAAAGACCAGCGCCUGACGCGGGGAGGCGCUCCUCUUCGCGGAGGCCCCACCCCUGUGGGGUCUUCGCCCCGCCUCUCCCGCCCGCUUCCCCCGGGGCGCGCCCCCGCGCGCAAUUUGGUCUCGUCCGCGGUGGUCCCCCCCUGCGGGUGCAGCACGGUGGCACGUCCUGCGCCCUUCUCCGCAGAAGAUGGCGGCGUCCUUGUGCGGCCUGGCGCUGAGGCCACGGGUGCUGCCCUGGAGUAAAGAACUUCCUGGCGCCUGGCGUGCCCUGCACACCUCGGCAGUCUGCGCCAAGAACCGAGCGGCCAGAGUCCGGGUGGGCAAGGGGGACAAGCCUGUGACCUACGAGGAAGCCCACCCACCGCACUACAUCUCUCACCGAAAGGGCUGGCUGUCGCUGCACACAGGUAACCUGGAUGGGGAAGAACAUGCUGCAGAGCGAACUGUGGAGGAUUUUUUCCUACGCAAGUUCAUGCUGGGUACCUUCCCAGGCUGUCUGGCUGACCAGCUGGUCCUGAAGCGCCGUGCCAACCAGGUGGAGAUCUGUGCCCUGGUCCUGAGGCAACUGCCAGCACACAAGUUCUACUUCCUCGUGGGCUACAGUGAGACUCUGCUGUCCCACUUUUAUAAGUGUCCUGUGCGACUCCAUCUCCAAACUGUGCCCUCAAAGGUUGUAUAUAAGUAUAUCUAGGAUGAUGCCCUUUUUUGAGUCAAGUUGCAGUAUACAAAGGACAGAAAUGUGGGAAAGACCAAUAGAACAAGGAGAAAUGCAUGCCCUCAGAAGACAGUCAUCACUUCUAAGCUGCUGUUGAAUAAAGAUCUUCAUGCACCUUU